AUGGCAACAGGCUCCCAAGGUUAUGUGGAAAACGUGGUCUCUGAGACCAACCAGGAAAUCGCGUCAUCUCAACCAAGCUUUGAAGUAAGCGGUCACCAAGAAGUUCGGCACUCGAACGUUUCAAGCGCUACUCAAUCAAUUUAUGGCCAACAUCUUCAAGAACAACCAGUUCUUGGACGGCCCGUUGUCGGUCACGAUUCGUAUCUUGGCCAACCAGUUCAGUAUGACGCACUCGUUCAAAGAGAACCGUCACCACUGAGCCACCAGUUUCAAUCGCAGCAAGAGCAAGUUCAGAGGGUACCGACGCCUCUAGGUCAACAGCUGCAAAGGGAACCAUCACCUAUAGGUCAACAAUUUCAAAGAGAACCAUCUCCUCUAAGUCAGCAGUCGCAAAGGGAAUCGUCGUCUCCUCCAAAAUUUCCCUCUAACCCGUCUCCACAAGAUCAAUACUAUCCUCCGCCGGCUGAACCCCCGCCGCCGGAUGUAGUGCCCUUGGUUCCGCCAUAUAGUCCAUCGUCUCAACUUUCGACCGCCAGCAAUAGCCCUCACUUAUCAAAUAAGCCCAUUACAGGUGCCACCACCACGUAUCCUAACAGUAUGGUGCCUGGGCAGAACGUAACCGUUGACCCACCGCAACGGUUAAGCGAAAUUAAAUCAGAGGCAUCGAGUUCUCCUCCCAAGAAGCAAAAAAAGUCGAUUUUCCGUAACCGUAAAUUCUGGAUUGGUCUAAUAAUACUAAUAGUGUUGAUACUCAUUGGUGCUGGUGUUGGGCUGUACUUUGGUCUUCAUAAAAAGAAGAAGAAUACGAAACAGUGCAUUGUGGUGAUUCCUAGUUGCUCAGCAUCAUUUACCGCCUGUCAAUCUACCGGACCGGAUGGAUGUCCAGUGUUUCAAUGCCAAAAAACUUGCUCAGGAUCGUAA